UUCUCCCCCGCCCCUUUCACCCCGUCUCCCUCCCGCUCCCCUUCCCCCUUCCAGUCCCGGUCGCGGUCCCGAUCGCCAUUCGCCGGCGACUCCGGGGAAGCCGUGGGCCUCUACGACGUAUCCGACGCCGGCAUCCGCCUGUCCGGCAAUUUCCGGAGCAUGAUUCGCGCCAUUCGUCGGCACCGAGACCGACAGCGAAAAACAAAAUCGAACACACCGCCGAUCACGAUCUGUCCCCGAAAUGAAACGUACAGCCUCCACGACGCGCUGGUGGUGCUGUCCAGCACGGUCCGCCACCUGUCCGUGCUGUUCGCGUCCGUGUCGUACGUCCGGCUGCGCCUCCAGGGCCGGCCCGUGGACCUCCCCUUGGACCAGCGCUACAGCGGCACCAACGGGCUGUCCGCGCUGAGCGCGCGCGCCCUGCGCCAGGCGGACCUGCUCUGCAGCGAAGUGCGCUUCCUGCACCAGUUUACGAACAAGCUCAAUGAGACGGACGAGAUCGUGCCGGCCGAUGUCAUUGUGGAGAAGAAGGACAGCUUGCCGACGUACACCAUCACGAGCAUCCUCGUGGUGACGGCAGUGUCUGCCAUCGUCAUCUACAAGUGGCGACACGGUCCGCCGGCCCUGGUCUGGUGGUGGUGGUGAAGCGUCCUGGGAAUCGUUUAUGAUCAAAUAUGGAACUCAUGUGAUUUAUGUUAUUAGGACUGGUGGCAUACUUGCUCUCCCAGAAACAGACUGACUGAUUUAAGUGAGGAGUACUAGAGACUAAUUGGGUACUUGCCAAUAGGGUUGUAAGAAUGUUAUAUUUA